AUGUACGACGCUAAUGAGAAAAAAGCAUUCAAGAUGUAUGUUGCGUUGAUGUGGACAAUCAGCGAUUUUCUAGGGUUGGGCAACUUAUCUGGGUGGAAUACGUACAGUGGGAGAGCUUGUCUUACAUGCAACUUGGAUGCUGAGACUAACCGACUCACCUGCAAUCAGAAAUGGUAUUUCAUGGGUUGUCGUUGGAGAAUGUGCAUGUCAAGCCUGGUAAGGUGCAAACGGUUUGUUGGUAAAAGAGCACGCGGACAACAAAUUGCAUUGCAAGACGAGUCUCCUUGGAAAAAGAGGAGCAUAUUCUUUGAACUCCCAUAUUGGGAGAAUAAUUUAUUAUGUCACAACUUUGAUGUGAUGCACAUAGAGAAGAACGUGUGCGACAAUAUAGUUUACACAAUAUUGAACGAUAGUGAUAAAUCCAAGGACCACCUUAAAGCUCGAAAAGACCUCCAGCUGAUGAAAAUCAGAUGUGAUCUCUGGUCACGGAAAGAUGGAAAGUAUUCCACUGCAAUCUUCUCCAUGUCAAAUUCACAGAAGGACAUCUUUCUUAGGACUUUAAAGAAUGUGGUCUCUCUAGAUAGUCACUCGAGCAACAUUUCUCGCUGUAUUGACUUAAAUCAACAAAAGCUAUCUGGCUUGAAAAGUCACGACUGUCACACUCUAAUGGAACAUCUUCUGCCAAUUGCAUCAAGGAAUGCACUGCCUGCCCAGUCUAACAACCUAACACACAUAUCUUGCUCACAAAGGUACCUAUGUCGUGUCAAGCAAUAUGUGCGUUAUAGGGCACAACCAGAAGGAUUAAUUGCUGAGAGCUACUUAUCUGAUGAGAUUCUCACUUUUUGUUCAAGAUAUUGGGAUAAUGUUGAAAGCAAGAUCAAUCGACCAAUGCGUGUUGAUGAUGGACUGAGCAAAGAUGUGACUAAUAACGUGACAAGCAUGUUCUCACUGAUUGGCAGGGCGGUAGAGGCUGCGGCAUUUUUGAAUCUUUCACAAACCGAGAGACGUCAAGCACAUCGUCACGUAUUGGUCAAUUGCACAGCUGUAGAGAAUUUCUUAGAGGCCAGCACAAAACGAAGGCUGCGAAGUAUUGGAAGAAGAAAUGAAUCUCACAUUAACAAGGUUGUCCACAGAGAAUUCACUGAGUGGUUUAAGCAUGAGAUACCACUGGGAAACACUAUGGACUCGAGAGAAAUGCAGUGGCUCGCAUGUGACCCCAAUAUUCAGGCAAGGCGCUUUAAGGCAUACAACGUCAAUAGAUUUAUGUUUAAAACCCUGCCGAGAGAGGAUGGGAUGAGAACCCAGAAUAGUGGGGUUUGUGUCACUUCUGACACUAGAAGUUAUGCAAGCGCUCAUGAUAGUAAUGUUGCUGUUGGUGGCGUCUCAUAUUAUGGAAGAUUGGUAGAUAUCAUUGAGCUAAAUUACAGUGGUCAAAUUACCGUAGUCUUGUUCAGGUGCCUCUGGGCAGACACCAUGCCUGGUAGAGGCAUAAAACAAGACGUUUUGGGACACACCUAUGUCAACUUCAGUAAUCCGAUUCACACUUGUGAUCGUGAAGAUGACGAGUCGUAUAUUCUUUUAUCCGAGGCAUGCCUGGUAUACUAUGUGGAAGAUGAAGUUGAUAAGGAAUGGAGUGUAGUAGUCCAUGUGAAGUCGAGAGAAUUGUUUGACAUGGGUGAAUACAAUGAACACUGUGAGGUCGAACUUUUUCUCCAACCAAGUUUGACUGAUUUGUCUGAAUGUGAUGUUGAAGGUAUGUCGUUGACAAGGGUUGGCGAUUUAGAAGUACCCAUGAUUGGCGCUAUCGAUAUUGGAGAAGAGGCUGCUGAUUUAUAG